AUGAAGCUUUACGAGAUUGACCUCUCGACGUUCCAUUGGGCGUCAGGUGAGAAGCCAGUCUUCAAACAGUGCACCUCGUGCGAGUUACAUGGCACUGAGGUAACAGGGAAUGCGAUGCGUAUCUAUACUGUCAUUCGACUUGGACAAAUUUCAUACCUCUAUGAGGGGAUCCCGAUUCACUCUCUAAGGCUUACAGAGUCUUCUGCUAUCGAGCAACUGGCGGCCUUCAUCCUGCCCAAGGGCCCUGUCACAUGCCAGUCGUUGCAGAAGGUUAUCAAACAGGACUUGCAUGACGAUGACGUCUUAUGCUCCUCCUUUAUGAAAUCAAUUGUUCUAAUAACUCAAGAGACAUCAUUGGAACUCGAAACGCUCGAAGUACUAUCUUCAUUUGGUUGCAAGAGGCUGUUUCUUACAGGUGCAAACCUUGGAAAGGGGCCUUACUUCUACUCCUGCAAUGGGAUUUUCCGGGUAUUCAGGCUGUAUCCCGACACACACGAUGCCUUCGUAACGAGCGUCAUUCCCAACCCGUCUGAUAAGAACACAUACCAAUGUAUCAGCGCGUUGGCGUACGGCCAUCGCACGCGCUGUAUUGCCGUGCCCUCUCGCCUCUACUUCAAGCGAACGAAGGAGCUGCCUCUCGGCGGGCUCCGUCUUUCCGUCAAGGAUGUAUUCCACUUAAAGGGUGUGGUUACAACCAACGGAAAUCGCGCGUUUGAAACCUUGUAUGGCGAACAAGCGGCCAACUCGGCCGCCGUCCAGGCAGCGAUCGACAAGGGAGCAGUCAUUGUCGGAAAGGCGACUUCAGUGGAGUUUGCCGGAGCCCAGGAAGUUGAAGGUGACUGGGCUGACUACCGGUAUCCAAAAAACCCUCGAGCAGACGGAUAUCUUCGCGCCACGGGAAGCAGUGUCGGAAGCGCAAGUGCUAUGGCAACUUACCCAUGGCUGGAUGGAUCCUUGGGAAGCGAUUGCGGCGGUAGCAUCAGAGAUCCUGCCGUUGUAUUUGGUGUGCCUGGAUUUCGAGCCUCUCAUGACGGAAUUCAGGAGCAGAAUACAUCGGUGCCUUGCCCGCGUUUCCAACGAACUGGCUAUCUCGCCAGAGAUUUGAAGAUGCUCUACGACCUUACGCAUCACGCAAUCCGUCUGCCAUUUGCUGGCUCGGAAUCGGAGCGGCCGAAGCGAGUCAUUACGAUAACUGAGUAUGCCAGCGGGAGGGUGGAUGUGGAUGAACUGUUCACCAAGACUGCCGAGAAAUUGGCCAAGUGGCUCAACACUGAGCUUGUCAAGGUCUCGCUAGAAGAGACCUUCAUGACUGUAGUCAGGAAAGACUACUUCGAUGGCACUUCCCAGUUCAGAGAGGAUUACCACCGCAAGUUUGAUGCUGCUCCCUUCGUGGCCCAGACAACACGGUGGUUAUGGGAGGGCGGCUCGGUACCCCCCGCCGAAUAUCUCGCAGCUCUUCAGCAAGUGAAAGAACACAAUGAGUGGUUCUCACAGAACAUCAUCGAUCAAGAAACCAUUAUGGUUCUUCCGCGAUUCAGUCUCGAUCGCCGCGAUGAAUAUCUGCCGGACCCUUGGAAACGUGAAUGGAUGGUUUGGGACUCCAACCUGCAUGCAUCGAUUGGAGGUUAUCCAGACCUCAUGAUCCCCAUUGGGCAACUACCUUUUCAAUCCGAGAUUUCACAGCGAGAGGAGGUAUUCCCAGUCACCCUCUCGAUCGUAGGGGCUCGUGGCACCGAUUUAUCGAUUCUUCGUCUCGCACACGAUUUCCUGGCCGAACAUGGACCUAGUACAAGCGUACAAGUUGGCAGGUCCGCCUACCCAGAGGAAAUGGUCUUUUGA